GUGUUCUCAAAAACUCAUUGUAAUCAGCCAAAAAUAGUUGGUGUUGUUAUUUCAUUCGACCGAUAUAACAUAACCUAGAAAAAUCGUAAAUUGACGUUUUGUUAUGUUGUUUAAUAUGCAACGGUUUCGACGGCGUUUACAGCUAAAAGUACGCGAAAAUUAACUAAACUAACCGUAAAAAGUAUUUUAAUCGAGACGUAUAUUUAAAAGGGUUAUAACAAAUGUAGAUUUACAACAAAAAAUCACUUGGGGUAUCGUGCAUAAACAAAACGAGAGUGGAGUUUUCGGCGUUAAGAAAAACCGUGAUAAAUGCCAAGCAUUACGAUGCUUGAGACUUAGUUGGAGUUUGUGCGAAGAUGUCCAAUAAUUUUCCCGAUCAAAAUCGCAUCGCAAAAUUAUCAAACACAGGGAAAAACGAUAAUUACUUUCACCCAUUGAACGAGGGCGUUGAUAUUGAUGAUUUAACACUUUCUUAUGAUCAUAUGUAUGCUUCUUCUAAUAGUGUUAUUAACGGUAUUGAAUCAACUGAGGAUAAUUGUCAAAGUUCCGAGGAUAACGAAGUUAAAUUUUUAAAGGACUGGUUGGUUAUUCAUUUGGACUUAAUUCAACAGCAAAACGAUGAAAUUUUAAAUAAAGACAAAACUAUAUUUAUUUUGAAACAAGAAAAUGAAAAGCUUAAAGAACGAUUGUUGUUUAUUGAAAAAGAUAUUUCUGUACAAAACAAUCAGGUAAUUAAUAACCAUAAAGAUACAGAGAUUAUUUCCGAAACUUUAAAUAACGAUAUGACCCAAGAUUUGACAACAAUCGACGAGGUAGAUAGUAAGGCUAUUGAGGAAGGCAUAAGUUCUGCCUUUCAUUUCGAGGGUGAUGAAGAAAAAAAACUCAAUUUUACCAUAACAAAUCACAUUGAAGAAGAAAAUAAAUUAAACAUUAUAACCGAAUCUGAAGAAUCAAUUAAAAACAAAGAAAUCAUAAAAAGUCCGGAUCAUAUGAACGAUUUGGACACCUUAGCUAAAUACGAAGGUAGUUACACGGUCCAUAAUUCAAUAGAAAACAAUUCAAUGAAGAAUUUAAAGAUGAGUAUAAGGAGGAAAAGGUUAUGUAGUAACUCCUCUGUAUUUUCUAAUGAUACAGUAUCGGAUGAUAAAAAAAAUUAUAGGAGAUCAAGAAAACGACGGAAAGAUUCUUUCGAUCCUGAUCAUAUAAUGUCAUGUAACGACCAAUACGUCACCCACGCAGGCGAAACAAAUUAUAGUAUUACAAACCCAUUGGAUUUAACAAACGAUUUACCCGCAAAUUCAAACGCGAGUAACUUAGAAGUCCCUCGAUGGCGAAUAAAAUCGUACACGAGUUGUUAUACGAUGGAAGGUACGGAAAAUUUAGAAGACGACGCUUUUAAUAAAAGACACGCGAGGUUAGAAUACGAUGAAAGGAGACGAAAACGAUGGGAUGUACAAAGGAUACGCGAACAAAGAGUGAUUGAAAAAUUAAAACUGCGGCAAGAAAAAAUCGGAUCUGGUUCAAGAAACGAAGAUACAACACCAUUGGAAACUUUAUUACCAACCCUCGAUGAUAUUAAAUAUAUUGAAGUAUGUGAUAUGCUCCCAGUGAGCGCUUUCGGUUCACCUUUAACUAAAUUUCAAUACAGUGAGUUUAGUUUACCGUGGUUGAAUAAUCCGAAUAGUGGGACAAGGCGAGGGAUUUCUAAACGGCAAAGGGCUAAACGACGUGUAAAUUCGAAACGAUAGACUGCAAGAUUGUUCACGGUUAGAAUAAAUAGGAAGAAUGGGAUUAAAGGAUUAAUUAAGAGUGAAAGUGUAAUUUUAGUGUUGGAAAAAUUAUGAAAAUCUCGAAUAAAAUAGUCAUCUCCAAGUGAUCUCCUAGAAUGAAAAAAUGUUAGAAAUUUGACCUCAUUUUUAUGCUAAAUUACAUGUUUCUUUUUCUUAUUGUAUAUGUUGAUUAAUUCUACAAUUUUUUUAUGUUAUUUUUAUAAACUAAAUCUUUUUAAUUUAUACAUACAUGAACAAGAAUUUUUGAGUAGGUUAUUGUAAAGAAUUUAUUCUUAGUGUGUAUCUCGAUCAUGGAAGCUUUAUUAUUAUAUACAUUAUAAUAUUGAUAGAAUUUAAGUAUAAUUUAUUUAUUUUUGUACCUAGACUAGAUCGAUCGAAUUAUAUUUACCACACAGUUUUAUUUUGUAUAAUUUUUAUAAGAUCUGAAAUGAUUGUUAUGAAAAAAACAUAUGUUUGAUAACCUCAUUGGAAUUUUUAGGAUAUUUAAUAAAUUCUAGUUUAUAACAUUCGUUUAUUAUUAAAUAAAAGUAAUCACAAUCAUUUCGAAUCUUAUGAAUAACACUCUAUGUUCCAUUAUCAUUUGAUAUGAUAGUUGUAACAUUGUAAAUUAUAAAUCAAAGUACAUCACAUUAAAUUUACGAUGAUUAUUUUUAUCGGAGAAAAGUCAAAGAAAAUUGUGUUAUGUAGAUAAAAAUUGAACUAAAUCGAUAAUUGUAUAUAUUUCCAUCAA